AUGUCGGCAGAACGAGAACGGCGCAAAUUGAGUCAUCGACUUCAGCCGAUCUUCGAUGGCAUUUAUUUGUUGAAGGACGAUGAGGGGAUUCAGAUUCUGGAAACGUUUCAAAGACUUCCUUUGAGAACCGGAACUGACUACUACAAGAUUAUCUUGAAUCCAGUGUCUCUUCAUGGUGUUGGAAGAUCGAUAAAAAACAGUACCUACAAGUCAGCACAGGAGUUUGUGAGCCAGCUCGCGCAAAUAUCGUGGAAUGCUAGGUUGUACAACAUGAAAGGAUCGAAAAUCUAUCAACACGCAAUGAUAUUGAAUGAGUAUAUUUUGGACAAGGUAAUUCCCAAAUUAAAUGCCGAGAAACUGGUGGAGGUUUUCUACCCGGAUUUGGGUCCGCUUCCGGAGGACGAUGAUUAUCCAAUGGAAGGAGUUGGAAAGUUGUCUACUCCAAUGAAAAGUGACGACGAAGAAGAAGACGAAGACGAUGACUACGACGACUAUUCAGCCAUCAAUACCCCACCACAACGCCUGAACCGUAACCAUAUGGUCAGCAGAACAAGCAGUUACGGCGGAGUUGGCAACAAGAAACUCGAAUCUGGAAUAAGACGAGGCAGACCUCCAAUCAUCGACCGUCCAUACGAGACCAGAAUCAAACUUAUUUUGAAACACUUUAAAAAAUUGCGUCACCCGAACGAUCCAAACCAUCCGUUGACGACACACCUCGAAAAAUUGCCUGAUCCUCGUAUGGAACCAAACUACUACCUGAUGAUCAAGAACCCCAUUUGCUUGAAUGAUAUCCGAGCCAAGGUCAGAACAAGAAAGUAUCACAAUGUAGAUGAGUUUCUUGCCGACUUGUCGCUCAUGUUCCAAAAUGUCAAGUUCUACUAUACGAGUAACCAGCUUUCCCCCGUGUAUCAGGACUGUCUACUUUUGGAAGCUGAAGCUAAUAACAUCAUCAAUGCCGAGCUCAUGAGACCAGAAAAGGACCUCUUGGUGUCUAAUACUCCGGGCGGUGACGGAAUCAUUCGUGUGCCUUUGGACUCCAUCGAUAUCAAUGGCCAAACCUACAAAAUCGGCGAUUGGGUUCUCAUGAAUAACCCCACAGAACCGUUAAAACCAACAGUGGGCCAGAUUUUCCGGCUCUGGUCAACAGAGGAUGGAACCAAGUAUACCAAUGUGUGCUGGUACUACCGGCCGGAGCAAACCUGCCAUAGGCACGAUCGCCUUUUUUUUGAAAACGAAGUUUGCAAAACCGGUCAGUACCGCGACCACUUGGCGUCGGAGAUUUUGGGGCCAUGCUACGUUAUUUUCUUGACUCGUCACCAAAAGGGCGACUUGCCUGCGUCGGUGGUGCCCGAAGGUAUGCCGUGGUUUAUCUGCGAGUUCAGAUACAACGAAAACUCCCAUGUUUUUAACAGAAUCAGAACCUGGAAAGCAUGCUUGCCAGACGAAAUUAGAGACCAACCGGAAAUACCGUUGAUUCCUCUCAACGAGCCUCGAAAGCUUAUCAAGUUUGAAUCACCCAUCAAGAAUACGUUGCCGUCCGAUGCAACUCCAAACAUGGCCAUUCCUGAGCCUACGCCUGGUCCCGAUGCGAAUGCACCACCUAUUAUGGGUCUGGUUUUCUUGCGUGAACCAGUCGAAGACGACGAGCUUGGACAAUAUUCUACUAGUCCUAAUGUUGCCGAGGCACCAGAAUACGAUGUCGAUGGUAGAAAAGCGUAUCUUUUUACCCCAGUUCUGCAGAUGAAAAUGACCGGCGGCGCAUACCCAACUCAGUCCAAUAGUGGUAUCAGCACCCCGGUACCUGUGAGCCACGACUACAACGACAUGGAUCGGUCGUACAGUUCCAGUGUUUCACGGUACAAUCAGAACAUUCAGCAGCAAAGUCACAUGCUCCAAACACAGCAACGGACGGUUCACCGUAUUGGAACCGGAGAUGUUAGACGGCCAGCGGUAGCUACCACUAGUGCUUUUCCAGGUCCGCUGCAAUCGACUCUUUCGGUUCAUAAUGCCAGUCCGGCUUACUCAAACUUGCUCUCUGGAGGAGUGCUAAGUUACGCUAUGAACGACGAGGACAAUUCGCUUGCAAGCGUAGCGGGAUCUGUCAACACCAAGAAGAGAAAAGUGGCUCCUGGUGAGUUUGGCGACGCCGAAGCCGAGGAAACUCGAGACAUUGUGUGGUAUAGAUCUCCGCCAUUGAUGGUUGGUCAGCGAAUUAUCACGGCCAAUGGUGUAAACCUUGGGCAUUCAGCGCAAUAUUUGGCAUGGAAGGCACAGAAGACGAACGUAGAAACCAAAAUAUAG